AUGGCCACCACCAAUGGACCCAUGGCCCCAGGCCCAUCACGCUCCCGCGACUGGGCCGACGACCAAUCAGAUAACCGCCUCAAUGGAGUAACUUCCAACACAAGUGCUACGCCUCUAACACAGAUACCAACAGAGCAUUCUGUACAUUCGACUGAGCUCUCGCCGACCCGAACAUCAACCAGCGCGCAAAGGACGCGUUCGGCAUUGGGUCUGCACCCCCAGGCACCCAUUGAUGAAGAGCAUGAUCAAGGUCCAAGAUCACAUCUCAGGUGGUCUAAGAUACGAACUGUAUUGCGCGAACCGUUCGCUGAGUUUUGGGGAGUGGCCAUCAUGGUCAUGUUUGGCGAUGGAUCGGUCGCCCAGGUAUUGCUUUCGACAGGCCAGACGGCUGCUCCCGGGGCGAACGGCUUUGGAUCUUACCAGUCCAUCAACUGGGGCUGGGGCUUAGGCGUCAUGCUUGGUCUCUACGUCGCGGGCGACUCAGGGGCCUAUCUCAACCCGGCUGUCACAUUCUGCAACUGCCUCUACCGCCAAUUACCAUGGCGGAGAUUUCCCGUGUACUUUGUUGCGCAAAUGCUUGGAGGGUUCGUUGGAUCCGGCAUCGUGUACGCCAAUUACAUCAGUGCUAUCGAUUGGUUCGAGGGCGGGAAGAUGAGAACAGUACCGCCUGCAACGAAAGCCACUGCUGGGAUAUUUUGCACAUACCCACAGCCUUUCGUUACCAAGGGGAGCCAGUUCUUCUCCGAGUUUAUCGCAAGUGCAUUGCUCAUGUUCGUCAUCUUUGCGUUGAAGGAUCCGAGCAACAACGGUGUUCCAAAAAGCGACAAAUGGUUCCCACUCUGUCUGUUCUUCUUGAUCUUCGGUCUAGGAUCUUGCUUCGGAUGGCAGACGGGUUACGCCAUUAACAUUGCGCGUGAUUUUUCCCCACGGCUGAUGUCGUACGCUGUCGGGUAUGGCAGUGAGGUUUGGUCUGCCGGUGGUUACUAUUUUUGGAUACCAAUGGUUGCUCCAUUCUUAGGCUGUGCUUUUGGCGGCUUCCUGUAUGAUGUUUUCAUCUACACGGGCCCCAGCCCGAUUAACACCCCGUGGCUAGGCCUGAAGCAUUUCAACCCUAGCUACGCGAGGAGAGCGAGGCGGGAGCGUCUUGAGAGAGAGAAGGAAGAUGGCAUUGUAUGA